AGAGGUUAAGAGUGUGUAACGUUGUGAAGUGAAGAGUGGACAGAGGGAUGAUAUUGAAGUGUGUUAUGGCCGUUCCUUCGUGGAGGCUCAGUUGCAGUUGCUGCGCUUCUUCGUGCGUUAACACAGAGCAAUUACGUUCUCAACUCGAUCAUCUUCAUGCCGAGGCUCACACCACCAGAGCCAAGGCAAAUAAUGCUAGAUUGAGGCUUCUGCGACUGUCGGAGGCUGCAGAGAAGCUUCAAAGACAAGCCGCUUUAAGCAUUCAAAAAGGGGAUGAAAAUGAUGCGAGGGAAAUGCUUUUUCAGAGGAAGAAGGUGUUGCAGGCUUUAGACAAAUCUAAAGGACGCAUUGAAUUACUUGAUGAACUUUCCACUAAAUUGAGUCAGGCAAUAUCUUUGAAAGAAAGUCAGCUGAUUGGAAAUGUCACUAUGAAUUUGGAAGACAUGACCGAAGACACUUCAAGUGCAGUUCGAAUCAUUGCUCCAAAGAAGGAGGUUCAAGAAAAUUAUAAUAAGGUUGACUCAGAUCCCCAUAUGAUGAAAUUGAGCAAUAUUCAUGAUGUGCAGCUUUCCAUGGAAAGUGAAGGGAAUGCACUGGAUGAUAAAGAGAGCCAGAAUCUUCAGGAAUCCCUUAGAAUUGCCAGUUCAAAUCAAGAAAAUGUAGCCAGCAGCUUGUCAGAAAUAUCCUCUUAUGAGGAUUUCAUGGAACACAUAGAUAAAAAACUAAGUGAAAUUGAAGCUGAACUAGUUACUGUUUUGAAUGUCUCAACCUUGGUAUUGGAUAAUGAAGAGAGACCAAAGAAUUCCAGGUUGCAACAAACAAUGGAACUCCUUGAGAGCAUCCAUGGCAUUAGACAGAGAAUCAGAAGUACCAAGGAGGCAAAACUGUGGAUCUGAUCAAUUUUGUUUUGCUCAAGUCAUCUGCUUUCUCCAGGUGAGAACUAACUUCUUUGGGAAAAAAACUGCCACAAUUUUCUUUUAGCCCUCUGUCACUAAAUGUGGAAACCGGAAAGAUACAUUUGAGAUGCUUACUAUUAGUUUAUUUCAAUGAAAAGAGGUGUUGAUGUAUUGAUUUACCACUAUUCUUUCCAACCUGUAAUCGUCUGUUUGGUCAUAGAGGAGCAGUAAAUUAAGAAAAUUGCAUAAGGACUAAGGAUAGCUUAGUUAAGUUGUUUGUCCAUAUCUCACAAAGGAACGUACUAGUGAAGUAUUUUUGGAGUAGGACUCUCUGAGAUGUCCUUUGAAUUUUUAGAGUAAGCCUGCAGGUUACCACCCAAAGUUCUUAUUGUCGUCAUAACUCAUCAGGAAUUAGAUAUUAAAUCAUACACCGAUUGUGUAUCAGGCAGGAUAAAAGGUUUGUGGCUAUUUUUGGAGUUUGUAAAUGUGGAUUCCAUGAUUUACAUAUUGUAUAUACUUGCUUCAUGCAAUGCCAUAAAUUCCCAUCACCUGUUUGAGUGUACAGAAUCCAUGCAUACUUCAAAUGAAGAUUUGGCAUUCUUGCUAGCUUAAGAUAUCAGGAGCUUCUGCAACUUCGGAUGAAUUUGUGUUUAUGGGCUCUGGUAAAUUGUGUUAACAGUAGUAAUGAUAAGUAUUUACAGAUAACUCAUUUACUAAUCACUGACUAAAUCAUUUGUUUCAGUAUUAUUGCUAUUAUUUUAGCUACUUAAUUUCUAAUUUCAUCCUGGUGAUGUAUGCUACAAUCCUAAAUUUGUAUGCCCUAAUUGUUAUAAAAAGGUGAAAAUAUCACAAGUUUCCAACUAAUUGUGAUAAACUUGUU